AUGACAUUCAGCGAGCAACUGGAGGCAGCAACCACACCUGGUCCGGAUCAGAAGAUACCAGGGGCGGUUGUGAUUGCUGCCAACGCAGAGGGAAAGUUAUUGCAUCUCGAAGCAAAGGGAUACACCUCCAUGGUGCCUGAGACGGCAAGGCCAAUAACUCCGGAUACAACAUUUUAUAUUGCAUCGUGUACGAAGCUUCUUACAACCAUUGCAGUAUUGCAAAAUGUUGAAAGGGGCCAGUUAGACCUUGAUGACAACGUCUCGGCCAUUCUGCCCGAAUGGAAGAGUCCCACGAUCUUAACUGGCUUCGACGACUCAACGGGGGCACCUCAAUUCUCAGACGCCAAGAGGAAUAUCACACUGCGCCAAUUGUUGACACAUACAAGCGGUAUGGGAUACGAUUUUAUCUCACCCGAACUCAAAAGAUGGAGAGAAUGGCGAGAGCAGCAAAAAACACCCGCUGAUGGUGAUGUUACGACACUGCAGCCGACGCCGCUUCUAUUCGAACCCGGGGAAGGCUGGGAAUAUAGCUGUAGCAUUGACUGGGCCGGAAAAAUUGUUGAACGUGUGAACGGAGGCAUUCGUCUUGGCGAGUACAUGAAGAAGCACAUCUGGUCGCCCCUUGGGAUGAGUUCGACCGGCUUUCGCCUUGCAGAAGAUGAGGGCAUCCGAAGCCGGCUCUGCGCAACAUCAGCGAGAUCUCCCACGGGCACGCUCGUCUCGGCUGAGCCGUUUCCGCAACAGAAUCCCAAGGAAGAUCGCGGAGGAGGCGGCCUUUACAGCUCUCCAAACGACUAUAUCAAAGUUCUGCUCUCACUUCUCAAAAAUGACGGGACACUCCUCAAGCCUGAAACUGUCAAGACCAUGUUCACUCCACAACUCUCGGACGACCAGCAAUUGCUCGCCAAGGUGACCCCCCUGGAAGGGGCGAUGUACAGAGGAGGUGUCGACAGCAAAGCCUGGAACUUUGGGCUGGGAGGGAUCUUGAACAUGGAGGAUGUAGAUGGCGUGUGCAAGAAGGGCAGCAUGUCUUGGAGCGGCCUUCCAAAUCUUUUUUGGUGGAUUGAUCCGGCAGCCGGCAACUGUGGCAUGUACGCAUCUCAGCUUUUGCCUCCUGGGGAUCCAGACUCAAUGGCUCUUGCAGUCGAAUUUCGAAAGGACUUGUACGCCAAUACGGGGGUCUGA